AUGGUAAGCAUCCUUUCCUAUUGUCUUGCUUUACAACCACAGCUAAUGGAAGGAAGGGAGGCAUAUGGCACAAAUGUACAAAAUGUAUUCAUGGUGUAGAGAAAGUGGAUAGAGAGAAGCCUUUCUUGUCCCCUUCUCCUAAUACUGGAACUGACAGACAGCCAAUGGAACUGACUGAUGGUAGACCCAAGACAACACACAGCUCAUUUAUGGAACUCACUGACACAAGAUGUGGAGACAUGGCCACUAGUUUAUAGGAUUCGGAAUCAUCACUGGGGAAUGUCUUAUCAUUGGCUACAAGUCAUGACAGGUAUGGGGAACCUCUAAAUUCAGAGGAGCAUGUUGUUGAAUACCAGCCCCUGGAAGGAGAGGGCUGUUGCCUUUGCACUCAUGAUUGUGGGCUUCCCAGAGGCAUCUGGCUUUGCCAUUUUGGAAAUAGGAUACUGAGACUGAAAGGACUUUUGAUCUUAUCUGGCAAGGCUCAUUUUGCAAUGUUAUGUAGUAGCAGGCUAAAAAAAGAAAGGUAUAAGGGCACAAAAUACUCUGUCAUUCAAUGUAAAUGACUACAAAAGUCAGAUGAUUUGCCUGUCUGUCUCUUUCUCUCCAGUACGGAUUCAUCAACACUUGCCUGAAGUCUCUUCUAAUAGAGAAAUUUGGUGAAGAAACCUGGGAACAUCUCAAGUGAGUAUCUGUACCUUUCCGACAUUGUACGAGUGAGAUUUAAAAACUUAAAAGUCAAGCAAGGGAUAAUUCUUUCAGUUAUGGACACACUAGAGAGAAACACACAAAAAAAGAAGAUAUUCGUUGCACCUUAAAGACUAACAGAUUUAUUGUGGCAUAAGCUAGUGUGGACAAUUGUCCACUUCAUCAGAUUCAUUCAGAAAGAUGCAUCUGACAUGAAGCGAGCUCUAGUGUGAAAUUUGUUAGGUCCACAAAUAUUUAGAGUGCCACAGUUAACAUUUGGGAAGCAUAAAAAAAAAAUUCAGAAUGGGUUCAGCAACAUCUCUGGCAAUUGCAGUGGUACAUGCGCCCUAUUUUUGUUUUAUACAAUGCAUGCAUGUUCAUGCAUGUUUCACAGUAGGCUCCAUCUUAAAAGAGGCAUUCUCUCCUGUUUGAGAGAGAAGGGGAAAUUCCUGUUUUUAAGAAAGUGCCUGCCAACUGUGGGUUUGUAAGCACUUGAAGAACGAUUUUACUGGGUUAAAAAAACCCAAAAAAUCUCUCUCUAAUUCAUUUUGUGUACAUUUAAAAUGGUUUUAAGAAAAUUAUGCAAGUAACAUUGCAGUCUUCCUUAAAAGUUUUGCAUUGAUAUAUUUUUAAGUAGAUUGUACACAUCUCGCAAUAAAUCAUGCUCUCCGUUUCGUUUUAUAUUCAGAUGCUGAUGUUAGUUUUGAUACUUUUACAGGACAAAAACUGGGAUUGAAGACACCUUUAUGACAUACACAGUUUAUGAUGAUGCUGUCACAAUGAAGCUGGUCCAGGAAACCUGCAAAACACUAAGUUGUGAAACAUGUUCUGGUUUCAUUUAUUAUCUUUGCAUUAUUUUAAUUUUGCCUUUUUAAAAUUCACUUUCUCGCUUUUAAUUUACUUUGAUGUUAUGUUUCACUGUAUUAUUUGGUUUAUAUUGUUUUAUCUUAUGGAAUAAGCUUAGUUUAGGGACAAAGAAUUGUGCAACCCCAUUCUGAAUGUGUUUUCUGCCGCACUGGGUUCUUUGGGGAGGAAGGGAGGGAUAGAAAGACAAUCAGUGAAUAAAUAAAAUACUGAUGGACAAGCAAAACAUGCAACACGAUCCAAGGAAUGUUUACUCAGAAGUAAGCUGCAUUAUGUUCCAUUGGACUUAGUCCUAGAAAAGUAUGUAUAGGGUACAACUUAAAUGCAAUUGCAAAUUGCACUUGUUUCUAGGCAAAUGGAGAUAUAUAUAUAUAUAUAUAUAUAUAUAUAUAUAUAUAUGGUCCAGUCGUGACCGACUCUGGGAUUGCGGCGCUCAUCUUGCUUUAUUGGCCGAGGGAGCCGGCGUACAGCUUCCGGGUCAUGUGGCCAACAUGACCAAGCCACUUCUGGCAAACCACCAGAGCAGUGCACGGAAACGCCGAUUACCUUCCCGCCAGAGCGGUACCUAUUUAUCUACUUGCACUUUGACGUGCUUUCGAACUGCUAGGUUGGCAGGAGCAGGGACCGAGCAACAGGAGCUCACCCCAUCACGGGGAUUCGAACCGCCAACCUUCUGAUCAGCAUGUCCUAGGCUCUGUGGUUUAACCUACAGCGCCACCCGCGUCCCAUAUAUAUAUAUAUAUAUGAGAAUGAGUGCCCUGGAAGUAAGUCCCAUUGGACUUAUUUAAAGUGGGCCUGUCAGCUUCAUCAGUGGAGCAUGGUGCCUCUGCCUUGACUCCAGCUGAAGGCUAUGGGGUAUCCUUCCCAUUCAGGGGUGUGGAAUCUGUGGCCCUCCAGAAGUUGCUUUCAUCCCUGAUCGUUGGGCUAGCUGGCUGGAGCUGGCUGAAGUUGCCGUCCCAUUACACCUGGGGGAGCUGCAGGUUUCCCACCCCUGCCUUAGCUAAUCAUCCAGUUCCCUCAUCAGCUGUACUUUUUGCCCACCAAAACAGCUAAAUGGAGCUCCUACUAGCCUUGCUAUUGACGUCUCUGCUGUCCAGCCCAUUGCCCUGUGAGAACUGUAUACAUUUCUCUGAACGGAGAAAUUUUGUGAAGAAAGUCAUAUGACACUGGGGGCAUUAACAAAUGCUAGGGUGUUGCGUUGAGAGGGGGGGGAACAGGCAAGUCUUCUUCAUGGGAAAAGGUAUACUUUCUGUUGUGCACACGUAUGUCUCCUUCCUGUCCUCUGCCAAAUGCAAUAUUAGUGUUAUGCCAUGCCACACACUCUCCUCACAUCACCAAACAAGGGGUAGCAUUAUUGGAGAGGGUAAGGUAAAGGUAAAGGGACCCCUGACCAUUAGGUCCAGUUGUGACCAACUCUGGAGUUGCGGCGCUCAUCUCACUUUAUUAGCCAAGGGAGCCAGCGUACAGCUUCCGGGUCAUGUGGCCAGCAUGACUAAGCCGCUUCUGGCGAACCAGAGCAGCACACGGAAACGCCGUUUACCUUCCCGCCGGAGCGGUACCUAUUUAUCUACUUGCACUUUGACGUGCUUUCGAACUGCUAGGUUGGCAGGAGCAGGGACCGAGCAACGGGAGCUCACUCUGUCAUGGGGAUUCGAACCGCCAACCUUCUGAUCAGCAAGCCCUAGGCUCUGUGGUUUAACCUACAGCGCCACCCGGGUAGGGUCGACCAUAUGUUUCCUGGCAAGAGGAGAAGAGAUCUUUCUGAGCAGCUGAGAGGUCUCUGCAUUCAGACUAGGAUGUUGGCCAGGCUUGUGAUCUUUUGAGAAGGUGUAAUGGCUGGAUUUUGCUCAUGCUCAGUGCUUAAGAGCGAUUAUUCCAACCCUGUUAUUAUUUGUUCAUCUCAUUUAUUUCCACUCAGAGGUGUCAGAAGAGGCAGUGCUCAAACUUUUUGGGGAAUACUUUUUCAGUUUCUGUAAGAUGUCUGGAUAUGACAGAAUGCUACGGACCCUAGGAGGAAAUUUGAUGGAGUUUAUUGAGAACCUUGAUGCCCUUCAUAGCUAUCUUGCCUUGUCCUACCAGGUACCUCCUUUGCUGUGUAGACACAAUUCUGAAAAGCCCUUUUAAGAAAAUAAAAAAAUAAACAAUUUUAGAAAGGGGGGGUGAAUGUGUGACCUGGACCUGCCAGUCCCUGGCAAAACUGAGGGCUUCUUUUCCCUAUCACAAUGCUGAGGUGAGGGAAAAAGUUUAAUCUGCUCAUUCUACCUGGGAUGAUGUGAUACAGCACUGUUCUCUGCUGGGGCAGUUUGAUAAGUUUAAAGUCCACCUCUCUGCUUAGUACUACUACUGGGAAAUCUACAAUGACAAUACAAGAAUUACAAUACAAGAAUUGUUCAGUCUGGACACUGAGGUCCAGCACCAAGGGCCUUCUGGUGGUUCCCUCACUGUGAGAAGUGAGGUUACCAGGAACCAGGCAAAGGACCUUCUCAGUAGUGGUGCCCAACCUGUGGAGCGCCCUCCCAUCAGAUGUCAAGGAAAUAAACAACUGGCUUUUAGAAGACAUCUGAAGGCAGCCCUGUUUAGGGAAGUUUUUAAAGUUUGAUGUUUUAUUGUGUUUUUCAUAUUCUGUUUGGAGCCGUCCACAGUGGCUGGGGAAGCCCAGCCAGAUGGGCAGGGUAUAAAUAAAGUAGUAGUAGUAGCAGUAGCAGUAGCAGUAGUAGUAGUAGUAGUAGUAGUAAAAGCAAUACUGAAUCCUUUUUCAUUCCUCCUCUUGGCCGCACAAGAGAAAGAGAGUAGAGGGAGAAGUAUGUGAUGUAACAUGAAACUGUGGUUAAGCAUUACGACUGAACUCCCUACAGGCAUUUUGACUCUGAAAAGUUGCCUGGGAAGGGAAUGUGGUUCUUGUUUGGAGAAAGCUCGCUCCCCCCCUUAACAGAAUUGUCUCAGAGGCGCUUGUCCCAAGGAUGUUAGGAAUGCAUCUUUUAAGAAUGUUGAGCAUAACUAUUGUGUGUAGGAUUUCCCCCCCAAGAAAAUAAAGCAAUAGUUUUUCUACUUAGGAAAUGAAUGCGCCAUCAUUCCGAGUGGAAAGAACCGAUGGGAUGUUGUUGCUCCACUAUUACUCCGACAGAAAAGGCCUGUAUCAUAUUGUCCCAGGUGUGCUACAAUAUCUUGUUCCUUGUCAGGUUUUGCUCUGGAAACCUUUCCAUAGAGGGUAGAAAAUAUGUUUGCACUAAUGAACUACCCGUUUCCUAUUUGGGGGCAAUUCCUCCUUCCCCCAGUGGUCCUUAUGACCCAUCCCACAUUGUUCAACAGGGUUCCCCUCCCUGACUGCAGUCUCCAUGAAGAGAAUUCCACCUAAAAAGCCAGAAUGCUUCAACCCUAAUUGCUAGAGGAGAGGGAAGUCUGGGCAUGUGUGAAGAAGGAAGUAUGGAGCAUUGUGUUGGUCCAGGAGCACCUCUUGAUUAAUGCCAAUUGUCCGAAUUAUGGAGGAGCCACAAAUCAUGCCUGAGGUGGAGGCUUAUCCAUGGCAGCAACACACUCCCAGGCUGUACCCGCUCUGCCUUUCAAGUUGGCAGACACGGGUUAGCGUGGCACAGCGGGAUGCAGUGAGCUCCCCAGACCCCACUGGGGAACAUUGCCAGGAAUUUUGCCUCAUAAAUCCUGGCUUUCCCCUGCCUGAACCUGAGGAGCAACCACCAUUGACUCAUGACGUGACCGGAAACACAAACGAUUAUUCUUUCUUACAUAGGAAUCCUUGAAGCUGUGUCAAGAGAUUUCUUUGAGAGCGAAGUGACACUGAAAAUUCUUCAUCAAGAUGUAGAAGAGGAGCGCACUGGGAAGAAAGAACACGUGGUGUUUUUUCUUUCGCAGAAUGAGAAAGAAGCAAAGAAUGGGAUCGAAGAAAAAAUAGCCUCUGCAGGUGGAGACUGUCAAGAGGAUGAAAAGGUGACAAAAUUGGUCCUGUCAAAAGUGGGAUGGGGGGGUUAGUUUUGAGUUAGCAGAAACCUUCGUGGCUUAGAGAGGAGGAGCAGCCUUGCAAGUCUCUUAAGAUAUUGUAACAGAUGAAUCACUCUCCAUGUGUACAGCAAAACUGAUGUAUGCAGAUUUAAUUAUUGUGCUUUAUACCUUCUAUGGCAACCAUGAGGUUGCUCUGUGUAAAUGGAUUUAGAAUAUGAGCAUGAUUCAGUUAAUCUUAAUUACCACGAUGUACCAUUUUUCUACCAAUGUUCUAUUUAGGGACUGGAUGCUGCUUUCCAGAAAGGGAAGGAAGAAUAUGUGUUGCACCAACUAGAAAAGAAAUCUCACUGGGACAUUGUGAGGCACAUUGUGAAAUUUAGGAGAGGUAUAUUAGAUCCUUUUUAACCUCAGCAUGAUUAUUGAAAUGAAAGAUGCGCCUUAUCAGCAUAAAUUAGAGGCUGUCUUUGGAUGUAAGUAUCCUUACAGAAAACUGCCAGAUGAUAUAAUAGAUUGAUAUAAUUGGAAUGUGAUGCCUUGCUGCUUCUCAAUUUCACUGAUCUACCCUUAAGUUCAGGUAAGUGAAAGCCUGGAACAUUAUGUCAUAGACAGCGAUACCCACCCCUUCUGACUACACACACCAAAUCUUGUAUCCUGCUCCAAAUUUUGAUGCCAUGUUCUCCCCACCACCACCACCACCAAUAAAAAUCAGAUUGUAAAUAUGUUAGAAACUGUGUGGAACUGUUUCAGCCAAAUCUUUAUUAUCCAACGAGUAGAGCUUCACAACCUCCAGAAUAAUGAAUAUCAAGGUGUAGGGGGGCUGCGGGUUCUGAACAGCUACUUGUGUCUUCCAAACCAGAAAUAGAUGCUGGUCUGGCCCUAUCAUGCAUUAUCCCCCUAAAACGAUGAAGCAUUAUCCCGCUACAAAGGGGGAUAACUAAGGCAGGAAUUGAUAUCUGAAUGGUAUAACAAGACGUUUUCCAAGUGUUGGCUACAGCAAAGGAAAGGAUGUAUCCAUGGAGAAUGAUCAAAUUACUAUAUACAGGCGAAAUGUGGAAAUUCAAGAAAAUAUUCUCUCUUUGUAAAUUCACUCUGUGUGUUGUCUAUCACUCUAUGUUUCAUAGAGGACCUUAUUCGUACCUUGGAGCCAUUUUUUCCUGAGAGACUUUGGGUUGAGGAGAGAACUUUCUGUUGUGCGUUUCCUUUCCACGUUGUGUUCGAUGAAACAGUAAGUUAUCCAUUGGCCUGAAUCCUUGUAGCUGGAAUAGAGAUGCUUGUUGAGUUGGUCUCAGAGUAUCUUUGGUUGAAGUGUAUGAAAGUUUUAAAAUUACGAAUGUAUGCUGACAAAAGGUGCUGUUGUUUUUUGUUUAAAAACUGAUGUAAGUAGGAUCACACAUGAAGGUUUUUUUAAUUGGUUCUCAAGAGAGUUUGAAAACUUUUCUUUUAGUCAUGAAAUUAUGCUACCUUUCUAUCUGCUCCUCAGCUGAAGAUCAAGCAGGCUGGUGUGAACAUUCAGAAAUUUGUACCAGGCUUGCAGAUCUAUGGAACCAGAUUAGAUGAGUAUUUCUCUAUUGUUCACCCACAAGUUACAUUCACAAUCUUUAGCAUACGGAAGUUCAUCAACAGCCAGUUUGUUCUCAAGAUACGAAGGGAUGCGCUGCCUAACUUGUGGACGAGACGGCCCAUGCUAAAGCUCAGAGGUAUCAAACAAACUUGCUUUUUGCAGACAUCUGAAUGCUAAGGACCCCCAUGCUAGCACUGUGGUGGCAAGGAAACUUGAGAGAUGGUCACCUGCAGUUUUAUAUAAAAAUGGUUGGAAGGCUUUGGAAGACUCCCACAUUUCUAGAUGUUAGUUUAUCUAUGUGAUUCCAUUCAUGGAUUGCUUCCCGUAAGUGUCUUGAAGUGAUUUCACAGAAAUAUAUAUAUAUAGACAAUUAAAAAUAAUUCCAUAUUUAAAAACAAUUUAAAAGUCAAUGCAGAAAGAGACUGGUAUAAAUAACUCCACUUAAAAGGCUGGCUGAGAAACAAAGGUCUUCAAUAGGCACCAAAAAAAAAAAAAAGGAAAUAAAGAUGGCACCAGAAUAGAUGCAACCACACUAAGGGCCAGAUUCAUAUACAGUAUUGUAGUAAUUUGGGCCUGUAAACAGUUAAUCUGAACAAUUAAGAUCUAAUUUCCAUUCAUUCUGAGUGGUGGUUGCACAAGAAACCAGCAUUUAAUACUCGGGAGCAAAGAAAAUAUAGCCUGGUGUCUCCUGAUCCUAUGAAACUUACUCACAAAUCAUACAGAGACUUUCCUUAGCAAAUGGAAUACCACCAUAACUGCUUGUAUGCAAGGCAAAAUAAAACAAGUAAACAGAUCUACAUUUGGGGUGUACAAUACACAUCUCUGCUAUAAAUUUGUGUAUUGCAUUUACAUAUUUUAUUAAUAUGGCAAAUGCCAAUUUUAAAAAUGUUGCCCACCUCUCCCUUAGGAGCCAUUCCUCCUUCCUCAACUCUUCCAGUGCCUCACAAAAGAAUUCAAAAUUCUGGACCCAAGUUCUAAACCUCUGUUAUGAUCUGGUGACGAAGCAUUUGCAAGAUUUGGGGGGUUCAAGGUGUACAAUAGGUUUGUGGUGGUGUUACAAGUAAGAUUCAGCUUAAUCAGUAGUUUUAAACACAAGGGAAUAUCAUUCUGUAACUUAUUUCAUUUUUUUUAACGAAAAGGACAAAUGAUCUGGAUGGAUUCCAUGAAGUGCAUGAUGUACUUGUGCUCACCCAAGCUGCGCAGUUUGGAGGAACUGGAAGAGCAAGGGAUGCACCUCUCUGACAUUGCACAGCACGACACAACAAGGGAUCUCAUCCUCUUCAACCAGCAACGGCUGGCAGAGAUAGAGCUAUCUAACCAGCUAGAGAGGAAGAAGGAAGAGCUAAGGAUUCUCUCCAAAAACCUGGAAGCGGAAAAGAAGAAAUCGGAGGCUCUGCUGUAUGCCAUGUUGCCAAAACAUGUGGCCAAUCAGCUUAAGGAGGGCAAAAAGGUGGAAGCAGGUAAAUGCUUUUUAUUGUCCUUUCAUGCUUUUGUGGCAGCGAGGAUAUCACUGUAAUGUUUUGAAAGACUGGACAGCUAACCCAUUUCAACUGGGAAAUUCUAAUAAAGCAAGACAGAGGGGGUUCAGCAGAUAGUCUGGGGAAAACUGGCUGAUACUCUAACAUUGCUGGUUUUGCAGGUUUGGCCUUGGUUGGUUCCCCGAGUUCUGCUGGGAACUCAAAAUUAGAGUGGGGUGUAUGUCUCAUAAAUAAAUAUAUUACGGUAUGAUGAGCUUGAGUGAUUUCAGCUAGAAUGUGGGGUUAUAGCUUGCUGUUUAAAGUGUGUCAGAAGUACUGCCACCUAAGAGAUUCACCUCAACGCAAAAGGAUUCAGAGGAUAUGUUAUUCUUUCUUUGCAUAUUUUUACAUUAAAAGCAGAUUUUGAGAACUGGAAAGUUCUGUCUGAAUGCAUCCUGCUUAAAAGUGUCUGGGACCAUGUGCAAAGGUUUGCUGCCUUCACUGACAAACCCAUUGGUUCAAUAAAAUGUAACACUAGUCUAAGCCACUUGAGUCCAUCUUGAAACAGAAAGACUUUUCACAGUGGGGUUGCCAAGCUUUUUUGGAAUAGAGGGAGCAUUUUGAAUUUUGAGAGGGUGCUGGGGACGCAAGUCACAAAAUGGCUGCCGUGGAGGGAGUGUGGCAUAGCACAAAAUGGCUGCCAUUGGGCAUGCAGCAUAGCACAAAAUUAAAGAGACAACCACCCCUGACUGCCUUAUUCUUAACAUGGGAAGUCAGCUAUGUCCUACUGGUCCUAAUGAAGGAGAUUGCACACAUACCAAUGGUGUUGCUGUCUAAAGAUAAGAAGCAAUAUUCCUCAGUACCAGAGGCAAUAUGCAGGGUGACGAUACCCACAGCUACCGCCUGGGAAGAGUGGGGCCACUACUGCCUGCUCCUCUCUGCUCUACUUUUCUCUCUCCUACCACAGGAGUUUCCAGUCACCUCAGGCAGCAGCAGUGGUGUGUGCAUGUGGCAGUGGAGGCAGCAGCGGCAGGGCGCCAUUUUCUGCUUUGCCUUGAGCGGCAAAAUAUCUUGGGCUGGCCCUGAAUGUGGGGAUUGGUUUUUCAUCUCUUCCAACAGAAGGACCGAAGCAAAUGGCACUGUCAACGGCGUUGGCCUUACAAACAGAAUGGUGUCUUGUUUUUGUGGCUUAAAAUAAACAAAACAGACUUUCCAAAAUAGCCAUUCUUCUUUUAAUUAUUCCCUAGGAGAUUUUAGUUGCUGCACAAUACUUUUCAGUGAUGUCGUGACCUUCACAAAUAUCUGCUCUGCCUGUGAACCUAUUCAGAUAGUGAACAUGCUUAAUUCCAUGUACUCAAGAUUUGAUCGGCUAACUAGUGUCCACGGUGUUUAUAAAGUAAGCGUUCUUGCAAUUUGCACACAUUUUCAUCACUUAUUCUGCCUUUCCUGCUCAUCUUGAUGUUUAUAGCUGGUUGUAUCAAGCCCUAUUGCUAUGAAAAAUUGUUUUAGAAUGAUGGACACAAGGAUGAGAAUAAAAACUGAAGACUAUUAGCUUGUCAAAAACAUUAAAUUGUCAAGCCUUUCCAGACCAGUUUUUCCUUCAUAUCAUUUCCUCUGCAGAACGCCAGUAUUCUUGCCUCAUUUUAUUCCUGUAAAUAUUUCCUCUGCUACCUAGAGCAGGCAUAGGCAAACUCGGCCCUCCAGAUGUUUUGGGACUACAACUUCCAUCAUCCCUAGCCAACAGGACCAGUGGUCAGGGAUGAUGGGAGUUGUAGUCCCAAAAGAUCUGGAGGGCCGAGUUUGCCUAUGCCUGACCUAGAGGAUAAACUGCACUAGUGCAACCCUUUAAUUGUGGUGGUGGUGAUAAUGUAUUAUGUUAACUAUCCGGGAGAGAUUAAUGUCUCCAUCCAACACUGCCCACAUAGAAACAUAGAGUAGGAAGAGACCCAAGAGUCAUCUGGCUCCACCCCCUGCAAUGUAGAAAUCCCAGCUGAAGCCGAGGAAAUGUUGUGUGCUUAUUAAUAAGCCUUGCUAAAUGGGGCAACUGGCUGUGGACCCUCAUGAGAGCAGCCCCUGAGCUUUAGGUGAAAUAUAGGAAGGACAUCUCUCUGCGUGGGACAGGAAAGUGGGGAGCAGUCAUGGCACGUGUUGGCCAAGGAGUUUUCUGUCUUCCCAUCCCUACAGUAUGUCUCUCUAUUGCCUUACAGGUGGAAACAAUAGGAGAUGCCUACAUGGUUGUAGGAGGGAUCCCAGUGCCUGUCAGCAGUCAUGCUGAAAGGGUGGCUAAUUUUGCCCUGGGCAUGAGAAUAGCUGCAAGAGAAGUGAUGAACCCACUCACAGAUAAGCCUAUACAGGUACAUUUGAUCUUGACUUCAAUUGCAUGAUUCUAUGGAUGCCUAAUUCAGAAGUAAUUCCCACUGAAUUCCUGCAGUUGGCAAGGCAGUUGGAUGGGAUGACAUCUCAGUUCCGGCACCUCUCAGGUGGCUGUCAUUGCCAUUGUAAGAGAACACGAGAGGCAUUCAUAGUGAGUUCCGGCACCUCUUUUUUCUAGAAAAAUAGAACUGUUGGAAGGUGUCACUAUUAGUUAUGCCUUUAAUUACCCUCCUGUGUCUGGUGAGACACUCGGACAUUGCUAUAUCCCAUUAAGGACUCACUGUUAAAACCGUGUUCAUGGAAGACAAUCUUACUUGGCUACAAGUGAUCACCAAAGAAGAAGAAUCCCAUAUAUUACUUUCCCAAAUGUUCCAGAGUAUUUCAGUCUGGUUCUUCCAUUGCUGAGCUAUCUCUCAUUAUGCUGCAGUCAGUAGGAAGCCGACUAGUUUGCUGUGGUGCAGAAAGUGUUUUUGAAUGAUGGCCUUGCUAAAUGUCUUGUUAUACUGCAACAAAUCCAGGAGGUUGAAUGAAGAACAAUCAACUAUUUCUUUUAGAGCUGUAACAGAGAACGCAUUUUCCUUUGUUGUGUUUAUGCCAGCAGAUUAGAAUUGGGGUGCACACUGGACCAGUUUUGGCUGGAGUGGUUGGGGAGAAAAUGCCCAGGUAUUGCUUGUUUGGUGAUACAGUCAACACAGCUUCUAGGAUGGAAAGCCAUGGACUUCCAGACAAAAUCCAUCUGAGCCCAACAACGUUCAGGUAAGAACCUGCAAAUCAAUCACAACACAAGGAAAAUUCUCCUCUUGUCUUUUCUACGUUGGCAGUACCAAGGCUAUCAAAUCCCAGACAUUUUGUGGGAUCUGUGCUGUCCCUAGGACCACUAACAUGCUCCACAUCAAUUAUCAAAUUGUCUUCAGGGGUAGGCAGUGAGAACUUUUGUAGGGCACAGCAGAUGACCUACUGAUGGGUACUACUGCCUUUCUCAUAUUCCAAUUGUCUACUCUAUAUAUCAGGUGUGGGGAACCUCCAGGUGUUGCUCAACUACAACUCCCACCAUUGGCCGUGCUUGCUGGGGCUGAUGGGAGUUGUAGUUCAGCAACAUCUGGAGGGCCAAACGUUCCCAAAGCCUACUGCAGACCAAUAGCAACAUUUUCUGGCAGUGGAUCCUUAUCUAGCCAAAAGAGCACUAGGUAAAGGGACCCCUGACCAUUAGGUCCAGUCGUGGCCGACUCUGGGGUUGCGAUGCUCAUCUCGCUUUAUUGGCUGAGGGAGCCGAUGUACAGCUUCCGGGUCAUGUGGCCAGCAUGACUAAGUCACUUCUGGUGAACCAGGGCAGUGCACGGAAACACCAUUUACCUUCCCUCUGGAGCGCUACCUAUUUAUCUACUUGUACUUUGACGUGCUUUCAAACUGCUAGGUUAGCAGGAACAGGGACCGAGCAACAGAAGCUCACCCCGUUGCGGGGAUUCGAACCGCCGACCUUCUGAUUGGCAAGCCCUAGGCUCUGUGGUUUAACCCGCAGCGCCACCCGCAUCCCUUUAAAAGAGCACUAUCCACACAGAAAAUGGAAAUAUCAGCAGGCUUGGGAGAAUGGCAGAGUUUGCAGAAGCACAACCAAUGAUUUGGGGGGACGACAGUAAAGUGGGGGGCAGGCAUGCACCACAUAAACAGCCAGAGAGCACUGAGAAUGCUCAGGGGGACAAAGAAUGCUGAUGGACGUGGAGAUAAGAUAGAAUGGUGGACUUUGGGAGAGGACAUGGCUCCACACGGCAACACUUGUUGCGAGUCCCACUUGUAAUUUCUGUUAGGGCUGUGUACACCCUAUACCUUUAAAGCACAUUCUUUCCCUGCAGUUUGUUCAGAGUUGCUGGGAACUGAAGCUCUACAAAGGGUAAAAUACAAGGCCCAGAAUUCCUUGAGUGGGGAAAAACACGUUCUGAACAUGCUUAAAAGGUAUGGGGUGCACACAUCCUUAGAUGCAUAAGCGUCAAGGAGGGUAGAAUUUGGCAGCGUGAAAUCGGGUGGAGGACCAGGCAGUAUCAUGAGGGACAGAGGUGUUGGACACCUGAGGAUUUUGGGAAAUGGAUGAAUUGUGAGCCCCACAAUUGCUGUGCUUCUCGCACUCAACAGAGCAUUAUCACACCAAGUGUUUGAGAUGGUGGAAAGGGGAGAGAUACAGGUCAAAGGAAAAGGGAAAAUGACAACGCAUUUUCUGAGGAAAAACCUCCAUGCCACCGAGAAUGAAAUAAUGGGACGACUGGAAGAGACAUCUGGUAAUGGCGACGGCAAUGGUGUGAGUCUGUCGAGGGACAGAGAAAUUCUUAUAUUUAUAGCAUCACGUAAGGUGUCAGUUCUGAAAUGAAAUCGUUCCGCCACUAUCUACAUUGUGUGAUGUAUCUGCACUAAGAGGUUGAUGUAUUUAUCUCUAUAUUCUUGGAUUUAGGUUCCAUGGGCAGGCCUAGUUCUUAUGAAAUCAAGCGUUGUUUUUCCUACACUUUAUUUUUGAGCCUCGCUGUGCAAAACUGCUUCUAUUUGUAAAUGAAUCUACCAAGUUUCAAGGCCGCCAUGGAUUUGAAAUAAGACUCCAGUCAAAAGCUCACGUCACCUUACAAUUAGCCUUUUGAACGCACAAGAUUCUUACUUGUCUUUUCCGUAACGGAUUAAUCUUGCUCAUGUGCUUUGACUGGUGAGAUACAAAAAUGGAAUCCUCAGCUCAAAUUCAGAGAAAACCAAGCAAAAACUAACAGAGAAACAGGCAUUCCAGUUGUUGUUGUUGUUUUUAAAUGCAGUAAUAAUAAUUCUGCCUCAAUAUGUUGCUGCUGGAAUUUCCAAGCUGAUGCACUUUUGAUGGUUCUUAAAUGCUUUAAUUUUUAUUUCAUUUUUAGCUGUUUGUUUUGGUGCUUUGUUGUUUGCUGUCCUGGGCUCCUUUGGGAAGAAAGGCAGGAUAGACUUUUAAUAAAUACUACUACGGUGGUACCUUGGUUCCUGAAUGGCCUAGUUGUCAAACAAAUCGGCUCCCGAAAGCUGUAAUUGUUCUGGUUUGCAAACGUUUUUCACAAAGCCAAAUGUCCAACGCGGCUUCCAAUUGAGUGCAGGAAGCUCCCGCAGCCAAUCGGAAGCUGCGCCUUGGUUUUCAGACGGUUUCGGGAGUCGAACGGCCUUCAGGAACGAAUUAAGUUCGAGAACCAAGGUACCACUGUACCAGAGAGUGUGUAUUAUGAGGAGGUGUGUUAAUUUGUAUAGAAUUUACACAAUACAGUACUAGCCCUUUUCUUUUUUUGUUGAAGCAGGCACUUUGGAAAGCGAUCAUGGCAAGAAUGUUGUACUAAUGAAGUAUGCUGAAGAUUCUCUUACAGCCAGGGACACAGAGCAUAGAGAAGAUGCGGCAGGUUUGUUACAAUGUUCACCCAAUGCACAGAAACUGUGGGAUUAGUAUUGGUUACCAUACUCAUGUUUAUCUCCCCAAUUUUGGAGAGGGAGGGGGGAAGUGAAUAAACUCACCAUCCCUCAAAACUUCUAGCGGCCUCAAAUAAAUCUGCUGCUAUAGUGAAUCCAGAAGGCUUGAUUCAGUUGGUGCAAUUCUAUAAGUGCAAGGGCUUUUGAACCUCAAUGGAAGAGAAUGGGUUUUUUAAAAAAUCAAGUAUUAAAUAAAGGAAACACAUGAGAUAAAAUUGGAUGGUAUAAUUGAAUAUGUAGCAGAAUAAGGGUUGCAUAGAAUGCCAUGGAGAAAUGAACUGGGAAGUGAUAUGUGAUGGGCAGUGUAUGUAUGAUGAAUGUAAAAUUCAGUACGUUUCCGAGCACAAUUCAAAGUGUUGGUGCUGACCUUUAAAGCCCUAAACGGCCUCGGUCCAGUAUACAUGAAGGAGCGUCUCCACCUCCAUCGUUCUGCCCAGAUGCUGAGGUCCAGCGCCGAGGGCCUUCUGGCGGUUCCCUCGCUGCGAGAAGCCAUGUUACAGGGAACCAGGCAGAGGGCCUUCUCGGUAGUGGAACGCCCUCCCACCAGAUGUCAAAGAGAAAAAUAACUACCAAACUUUUAGAAGACAUCUGAAGGCAGCCCUGUUUAGGGAAGCUUUUAAUGUUUAAUAGGUUAUUGUAUUUUAGUGUUUUGUUGGAAGCUGCCCAGAGUGGCUGGGGAAACCCAGCCAGAUGGGCGGGGUAUAAAUAAUUGUUGUUGUUAUAAAAAAACAGUGGAAAAUGCAAAUUUAAAAGGGGGGGGGGAUUUUGCUGAUUUCCCCUGCCUCUUGGAACUGUUGUCGCUUUGAUUACCUAGAUGCAGAAACAUACACAUUCCCUUUCAAAAAUGAGAGUUGAACUGAAUUGGAGGGGGGGGGAAUAUUGCGUGAACUAUCAUUACCCAUGUGAAUUACUGUACUCCCGUGUGGCAGCAGACAAUAAUGGGGCUACCUCUAGGAUGGCUAACAAAUUGGCUCUAAAUUAGAAUAUUCCUGAUUGUUUUUCUCGCACCUUUUGUUUCCUUCUCCCUGGUUACCUGUUAGGGGCUGAAAGUGAUGCUCCCCAUGGAGAGGAUUCACAGCAGAAAAAAGAAGUCUCACUUCCUAAUCUGUCAGAGAGUGCGGCUCCCUCAGCACUUUGCGUCCUGUUUUAG